CUACAAGGUGGCAAGGCUAAGAUAUGUUUGUACGAUUCGGUAAUUUCGGUAGUUUUGUGCCCUUGUUGGUACAAAAUGGGCAACAACAGCAACAAAGGGGUAUGGCCACCUUGAAAUCAAUUUCAAUGAGACUGAAAUCGGUAAAAAAUAUCCAGAAAAUUACCCAAUCCAUGAAGAUGGUGUCAGCAGCCAAGUAUGCUAGGGCUGAAAGAGAUUUGAAGGCUGUUCGGCCUAUUGGAGAUGGCGCAACACAAUUUUAUGAAAAAGCAGAAAUUCAACCAGUCCAAGAUAUUCCACAGAAGUUGGUUAUCGCUAUAUCUUCUGAUAGAGGUCUGUGUGGUGCUGUACAUACCAGCGUAGCCCGUUACAUUCGUGGUGAAUUAGCCAAAGAUGACCAAAAUAUCAAAGUUGUAUGUGUUGGUGAUAAAUCUCGUGCUAUCUUGCAACGUCUUUAUGGCAAAACUAUAAUUAUGGCUUGCAAUGAAAUAGGACGUUUACCACCAACUUUCAUUGAUGCUUCAAAAUUGGCUGAUGCUAUUUUGAAAUCUGAAUACAAAUUUAGUGCUGGCCAGAUUGUUUACAAUAAGUUCAGAUCUGUGGUAUCUUACAACACAUCUAUUUUACCAGUUUUCAGUUUGGCCUCUGUGACGGCCGCCCCAAAAUUGUCUGUUUAUGACUCUUUAGAUGAUGAGGUAAUUCAGAGCUACUUGGAGUUCUCUUUGGCCUCUCUUCUCUUCUAUGCAAUGAAAGAAGGAGCUUGCAGUGAACAGUCCUCUCGUAUGACUGCUAUGGACAAUGCCAGCAAGAAUGCUGGAGAGAUGAUUGACAAGUUGACUCUAACAUUUAAUCGUACAAGACAAGCUGUCAUUACUAGAGAACUCAUUGAAAUUAUCUCUGGUGCUUCUGCACUGUAAAUCCAAUAAUAAAAAGAG